GUUAUGAAUGGGCCCAAAAUGUUGGUCUUAUGAACUUUGUACAAACUGUGCUUGACCCCAGUGUUGUCGCUAAUCCAAAGAAUACUGGAACAGUCGCUUUUGCCAUUAAGAUUUUGGCAUCGGUUAUCAAAUAUGGAGAAAAUAUUGAGACUUUUUCCGAAGAUAAGGUUCUUGUACAUUUUCUGGUUAUCCUUCCAAGCAUAAGGAAUGAUCCAAGUCUGGCAUCUGCUUCACUGACACUCGUUAAAGCUCUCAUCAAAGACAAAGCUGGUCUCCACUGGAUUAUUAAAAAUGGACUGUGGGAGAAGAUGUUAUUACCAUGUCUACGCAGCCCAAGCAUGUUUGUUCAGCGAGAAGGGGUUGACCUUAUUGCAGCAGUCAUGCUUCUGCAGAUUGAUACACCACAUUUUAGUGCAAUGGUGAAGGAUUUAUUGAUUAUAUCUGACAAGUUUUGUGAGCUCAGACAACAUGUUAAUGGGGUACUUAGUGAAGAGAUCAGACAAAGCAGUAUUUGUGUCCUAAACAUCUUCAAGCAGAUCUUUCUACAGACACUUGGAAAAGCUGCAGUGUACUCUCAGCUAAGAAAUGUUGGUGAUAUCAGCACAAGGUUAAUAUCUAUCAUAAAGCACAAGGUACCAGUGACUUCUGUGACGAGAGCCAGUGACGUCCUCAUCCUCAAUUUAUUACACAGAUUUCAGGAAAAGUUGAUGGGUUAUGGUAUAUUUGAACAGUUUCUGCUUGAUUCCCUCUGUGCGGAUAUAUUGUCACUGACAAAACUGCUCCUUGAGAAUGGGUAUAUUGAAAGUUUUCUAAGGUCCUCAGUAAAUGCUCAUAAGUAUUGGAGGAUAUUAGUGAACAAUCUGAAGGAAAAUAAGAACAUUGAUAUAACCUCUGUGGAAUCAAUCCUGAUAAUCAUAACUGGCUUCCAGCUAACUCCCAUUGUAUCUUUAUAUCGAGCAUCCCUGGGUCCUAUAUUUACAGCAUGUCCAGAAAAAGAGAAGGUCAUUGCUAAAUGGAAUGAAGAGCUACAUAGUAGAAUAAAUAUAAAAGAAGAAAACAAGAAUGAAACGGCAAAACUAGAAAAGGAAAUCCGGAAGAUUCUGGAGAAAGAUCCCGUAGAAGCCCUGCGAUUGACCGUGCUGUGCAUUUCCUCCAUCAUCAGUGCUGCCGAUCACCUUCACCUGACAACUGCAGUGACUGUAUUCCAGGGGCUAUCUUUUAUUUUAAUCUCUCACACCUAUGCUACCUCUCCAAUGUCCCAACAUGAUGGACUUCAGAGGGCUGUCAUCGAUGGUCUUAGGAUACUAGUGGAAAAAUAUAACAUUGAUUGGAGAAAGACUUAUGUGUCAGUUUGUCUUAUGGGUCAACUCUGUGAACUCGUGAAGAUGCCUGGUAUUUCUACUCAGGUUAAAGUGGCAAUCCUGAAAGCCAUGAAUUCAUGCAUAAAUGGAUUCAUACCUCCUGUUAUGUCCAUGUUAGUUAACAGUGAGAGGAUGGAAGAGAAUAGUGUUGAAUUGAUGGGCAAGAUUUUAACUAUUUAUCUGGGUGACACGGAGUGGGAAGUUCGGGAUUCUGCCUUGGAGUUGCUCCUCACCUGUAUGAAGUUGGCAAAAGAGAAAUACCCAUACUUUGUGGAGUGGCUGUUAAGAUAUAGAUUGAAUGAUGCUCUGCUGACUGCCCUUGGAGAUGUUGAGGGAUAUGUUAGAGCCAGUGCAUUAAAUGUCUUGGCAAACAUCAUUGAGAUUGAUAAGAAAUCCACAUCAUCACUGUGCCACGAACUUGUAACCAAAGAAUCUAUCGCUAGAAAAGGCGGCAUGCCAUACAAAAUAUGCCCCUCCAAAGGAACGGUUUGGCAUGAACUAGAGCUUGAGAACCUUCCUGUCAGAUCACUAGCAGCCGUCCUCACAGAAGGGGAGGCAUCUGUCCGGCGGUCUGCCAUUAACCUGAUUCAAGCUCUCUUCAUAGCAGGAAAAUAUGAGGAUAUGAUGAUGAACACCAUGGUUGUCCCAGUAAUUCAGCAUGCAGCAGAAGAUACAGACGAUGAAGUACGGGCUGCAUCUCUCGAGUUUAUCAGAGUCCAUAUACAGGGCAGGCUGAAUAAGUCAGGGAUGGUUGAUGGAGAAUUUCCAAUGGUGACCUUCAGUAAAGGUAAAAUUACGAGGUUGAACAAGGAUGAAGUAAGAAAUCGCAUUCACAGUCUUAUCACCUGGGUAUGUGAUUGUGGGUAUCUGACUUCACUCCUUACCUGCUUGAAAGACCCAGUGACCGGUGUUGCAUCUAAGGCGUUGGAAAUCAUUCAGUUUAUUGGAAAUCUUAUAACAAAGUAUGAGAUUAGAAUAGAGAAGAGUAAGCUCAAGUCCAGUGAUGCUUCUUAUACUGUGAGUUUAAGCCCAACGAAGGAGAACAUAAAGGAGGAGAUGCCAAGUACAAAAGUGAUGGUAGCGGGGAUAGAAGUCACUCUACCUGAAGAUGCCAGUGCCUUAGACAAGAUCGACCAAACCAUUAAUGACAUUCUCAGUUCUUCUGCCUUGUCAGCUGUGUCAUUGAUCAAGAGGCCAUUGGGUGAAUACAGUAGCAGUCCCAGCCUUGACAAUAGAGAUCUGAAGCUGAGUAGCAAUGACAUCCCAUCUGCUAAUCCUGCCAUUCCAGUGUCAUCUUUGUUGCAGUGCAUUGACGACUUGUCCCGCACCAACAUCAAGCAAGAUGAUAGCCUCGACGUCAGCAACUUCAUCUCCUUACUGGAUGACAUUCUCCUUGACGGAGGACAAAAGCCAUUGUUGUCCGAUGACCAAAGAUUGCGAGACUGCUAUUAAGCUUGGAAAUGCUCAUCCAAUUCAUUUGUACAUUAUUUCAUCCAGUGUGCAUUUGUUGAUUAAGAGAGAAUCAUUUUAACGAUAAUUAGAGUGUGUCUUUUGUGUGAAAGUAGUACAAGUUUGUGCACAUUUACAGAAAACAAGCAUUAUGAUGACACUGAGAGGCACACUGUAUAUAAAUGAAAAAUUGGUGCACAAUUAGAUAGAUAAAUCUUUACUUCACCUCUUUUUAACUUGUGCCUUAUUAUGCCUUAUGCCGUAAAUCUGCUUGUAAUCACGCAUAGUGCGAGCCUUAAAAUGAACUUGAAACUAAAUGUACUUCAUUAAGUGGUUGUUUGGUAUCCUUGUAUCAACCUAUUAGUAUGAAUAUACAUUUUAUACUAAGACAUUAGAUGGUCAGCUAUUCUUGUGUAUACUGUAUUUAGUAGUAUUUCCCAGACUGACUUUGAUACUAAGAUUCCUUUUUUGUUGUUAUUAUUGUUGCUGAAAGGGUUGUGAUGUUGUUGUACCAAAAAUUGACUAAUUUUCUAGUAUAAAAAAUUGGAAUGCACUGCCUCAUAGAUGUUUAAAUCCAAGAAUAUUAAAGAUUUGAAUUUUGAAAGAUUUAAAAAAAUGUCCGGCUUAGGUUGUAGUGUGGUAAAUGAUAAAGAAUUGAAUUUUGGAUGAUUUCCAAACAAUUUCAGUUUUAGGUUGUAAUAUGUGUGUGUUUGUUUGUCUGUCUGUCUGUCUGUGUCUGUAUAGAUAGAUAGAUAGAUAGAUAGAUAGGUAUACAUAUAUAUUUCUCUCUCUCUUGCAAAUAUAAAGAAUUUUAAUAUAGCUCCAAUUUCUGUAAUCUUUUUGUUGCCUAAUUUAUUUUUGUGAUAAAAGUUAAACCAUGCAUCGCAUCAACUGUUCUCUUACAUUGUCUAUUUUCCUUAAACUGUAAAAGCUU